AUGAAGACACUUACUGAAUCUGUUCUGUACCUUCGCAAACCGACGAAUCUAUGCAAAGCGAAAUACAACCUAAGUAAAUUUCGAUACGCGACCCCAACCCUUUUGGAGAACCCGAAUGAGCGUCCAAGCAACACGUCUGACAAGCUCGUCGAACUACUUCACGAGAUAUCUAUUCACAAGAACAGCCAGGCGGAGUGGGCCGAUUUCAUUUGCCAGCUUUGCCACGAGUUAACUGACUUUCAGACUCACGACGGAACAGAGGACCUGCGCAUCACGUACAUAUGGGACAAGACCCCUGACUCGUCACCUUACGCCACCACAUCCCCUUUCACAAUCUGUUUCUACAGUACCAGCGACCACGAAGACUCUGUUUGCUGCACCCUACCCCAAAUUCUACUUCAUUUCAUCGGCGAGUACAUCAAUAUCCAGGAGAACAUCACCGGAGUUGUUCCUUUGGUGAAAGAAUGCAUUUCACAUAUCGCCUUUCACCAAGCCCCUGACGCCACGUCGGGCCUCAUACUUUGCACGGAAGCUUUUCGAGACGCGUUCGAACAUGUGACGGCAACCCACCCCAUUCAAAAAGGAUUUCAUCACCCGAUGACUUCUUUAGCCAAAGUGCCCGACGGUAUCUUUGAUCGAUUUCGCGUUGCCGUCGCAUUGAGAUGCGAAAGCUUCCUCGGACUAACAGAAGAAUCUGUUCCUGGGCUUGGUGGUACGAAUGUGUAA